GUCUGAGUUGACAGGAAGCCUAUAAUAAUACAAAUAAUCACUCUUUACAGCCAUGGUGAGCAGAAAAGCAUCUUAGCAUUCACAACACAUCAAACCUCGAGGUGGACAUAUUACAACAGUAAAAGACCUCAUAAGGUUACACUCUUUUUAGUCAAGCACAGACUCUGAGGCAUGGGUUUAAUGAAAAAAAAAAAUCAGCAAAAAAUUCUGCAUCGCUCUGCCGCCCCAUGUUCGGGAGAAACACACAAUCACUACAGGCAAGAAGCAACAAAAUGUGUAAGUAAAUAUGCUGUUAUUGUACUAUUGUAACAUGACUAAAGGUUAAUGGCUUUACCUUUUGUGUUUGUAUAAAAGGAAAGGGGUUUUGGUGUCUGAGCGUAAAGAAGGAGGGUCACACAUGUAUGUAUAAAUACUAGAGGUACAACUAAGGUUCCAAACCCAUCGUAGCUCUGUCAAAUACACCAGGACAGAAGUGAUAGAAGACCAGACAGAGCAAGGCACAGAGAGACCUCCUCAAACACUGCAGCAAAAUACAAAGCUAAAGAGGAGCAAAAUAAGUUCGACUUAAGAUGGGUGCCAUUGAUGUUGAUGCCACUAGUGCACUAUUGGUGGCUGUGUGUCUUCUGAGUACAGCUGCUCCAUCUUUAGCAGUCUACAGCCAUGGAGAAUGUACCUUUAACACUAAAGGGAGCUGUGAAUAUCAGGGUCAGGUCUUUGGUAUUGGUGACAGCUGGAUUACAAAUGACUGUUACCACUGUGUGUGUAUGGAACCCUUUGGAGUAGGUUGCUGUGAUCACAAUCUGCAGCCAGUAGAUUAUCCAGACUGGUGUGAGGUCAUCAGGAAGCCCGAUUCAUGUCUCAGUGUAGUUGUGAUGAAGGCUAAUCAUAAGCUUCCCUGUCUCUAUGGGAAAUUGGGGAAACGUCCAGACACUUGGAAAUCUGACAAUGACCCAAUGUUUUAAUUAAUUAUAUUAUAAUCUGUUUUUUGUACAUAUUGUU